ACGUAAAUGAUUUGAAAACUUAUCCCCAAGCUUAUCUUUAUUGAGUUGAUGAUACAAAUGCCAAACGACAAGAGCCCUUAGUAAUAGUAUGAUUUAAAGAGUUGAAUUAAGCUGGAAGUCUCAAUUUGCGUGUCAAUUUGAUUGUUCUUCAUAUCACAAUAUGAAGCUCAAAAUUAAAUAAUGGUGAUAAUAAUAGAAAAAGAAAGAAAUUAAGAUAAAAAAGGUUGGUGUAAAGAGAGCAAGACACCCCACAAGACACGGUCUCUUCAGGCUAAAGAUUUGAAUAAAGCGGACUUCAUUGACAGAGGGCCUUAACUAAACCCCAAGCUGAAUUAACUAUGGAAGACUUUUCUGGUGAUAUAUCCACCGUUGGAUCAAUGGAAAUUCCUUCUGAUUUUGAUAAUUUGAAGCAUCAACGGUGAAAACAUGAAGAGGAAGCAAAAGCAAAGAACUGGACGGCAUUAGAGACGACUUGAUCUGCAUGGGGCUCAACCACUGUCCCGAAGCAAAGAAAGUGUCAAAACUCAAUAGGUUAAAGACUGACGUAAAAGAAGAGAGAGAAAUAUGGAGAAAACAAUGCAAGAGAGGGAACUCAAAAAAAAAAAAGAAACUUAAAAGUGAAUUUAUUUGAAAUUCAGACGCUCCAAUUCUUCAAUUCUACUUGACCAAAUUCCACGAAAUUCCAAACCCAGCUUUAAAAGCCUUGUCUUUCCAAAACCCAGAUCACAAUUUUCCUCGAUUUGAUUAAAUUUGCCUCAUUUAAUUCACUUCCCCUGUUCUUAUUCAACCGGAGCACCUCCUCUUAUAUAAUCACUGUUAAAAAACUGAGCUUUUCCUUCAUCUUUCAAUUCCUAUUGCUUCGUUGUUAGUCUCACCUAUCUGUGGUUCCUCUUUUGAUCUUAAAUUAUCUCUAAAUCCUCCAAAUUUGAGGAAAUUCAUCUCAUUUUCUUUUCCCCGCGAAUCCUCUGCCUUAUCUUUUUCCAAACGCUCAAUUCUCAGAUCAAAAUCCAAAAUUUUCCUCUGUUUCUCUAUCUAGGAUUCUUCAAAUUUUGACAAAAAAUUGAAUCAUGGGAAUCCAAAAUGACAUAGUCAAAUUCAACGUUGGAGGCAGAAUCUUUCAAACGACAGCUACAACACUCGCAAACGCUGGAAGGGAUUCGUAUUUCGGUGCAUUAUUUGACGACAAUUGGGACUUACAACAACAACCAAACAAUCGCCAAGAAUUCUUUAUCGAUCGAAACCCCAACUGUUUCGCCGUCCUCCUCGAUCUCCUCCGAACGGGCGAUCUCUACAUUCCUUACAAUGUCCCUGAAAGGCUUCUUUACAAAGAAGCCAUGUUUUAUGGCUUAAUUGACCAUGUUCGUUCGGCUAAAUGGGGUUCAUUUGAUGGUAACAGGUUAAAGCUAUCUAAGUCAGUAACAGGGCAAGCCCCAGGGGAUGGAACCGCCAUCCGAGCUGGUCCAGAUGGCGGCUGCUGUGUAGCUCAUGGUAGCAUGGUUCAUGUUUUUGAUUGGAUGUUAGAAGAACACCCGCCAAUCAAUCUUGAUUACCAGAGAGUCAACGACAUUGGUUGGGUCAACGCUGAGCAUGUUUUGAUAAGUGCUUGUGAAAAGCUAGGGAGAGGAGAUGGUGGGAUGGGGCUGUUCAGUUCAUCUACUGGAGAUUUGAAAUAUAAGUUUAAUGUUGUUCAUGAUAAUCAAGUUAAGAGUUACACUGCUGGGGCUUUGAGUUUUAGUCCUGAUUAUAAGAUUUUUGCAAGUUGUAAAGGGAGGAGCAAUGAGUAUGGGAUUGGAGUUUGGGACCAAGUUACUGGUAAACAAAUGGAUUUCUUUUAUGAGAGUCCUGGCUGGUCUCUUGGUGAUGCUGAUAAACUACAAUGGUUGAAUGCCAGUAAAUGUUUGUUAGUUGCUACUUUGUUUCCUAGAAAGGAUAACUGUUAUAUCAGUUUGCUUGAUUUUAGAGAGAAGAGAAUGGUUUGGUCUUGGUCUGAUAUUGGUGCUCCUUUUACCGUUGAUGAGAAGAGGGUGAGAGAUGCAAUUGCAAUGGAGGAAUGUAACUCUGUUUGUGUAGUGAAUGAGUAUGAGGAUUUGGGGUUCAUUGAUUUGAGGAUCAGUGGGGGAAGUGUGAGAUGGAGUUCCAGAAGUAGGUUGAUGAAGGGGAAGAUGCCGGAUGAGCCUUGCUACCCGAAAUUGGCAUUGCAUAAUGGGCAGUUGUUUUCAUCAAUGAAUGAUUGUAUUUCUGUGUUUUGUGGUCCUGAUUGGGUGUUAACAUCUAGGCUCCGAAGAAGUUAUGGGGGUUCAAUUUGUGAUUUUUCAAUAGGGGGUGAUCGACUGUUUGCACUUCAUAGCGAGGAAAAUGUGUUUGAUAUAUGGGAAACUCCACCGCCGGUUAUGUGAUUCAGGUCAUGGGUUGAUUACUAUAGCAGUAUUUUUUUUCUCGUUUUUAAUAUAGCAAUCAUUUCCUUUUUUAGGUAGUAGAACAUAGAAGAUGAACUUACAAUUCCAACAAAUAUCAUAGGUUAGGCAAAGAUUACAGGGUGAUAUUUAAAGUCACAGUUUUGUACAGAGCUUGCUUGCUAUUUCAAAGAAAUGAAAUUGAUUGC